CUCACCCAAGGCAGCGUCCGGCCCUCCUGCGGCCCGACCCACCUGUGCGGGCGGGGGACAGCGGCCCCGGCCCAGCCGCCUCCCCGCCAACACCGCGGGCGGGGCGAUGUCCUCUUGCCCGCUCCCUCGCAGCGGGACGGCCCGCGGCGCUGCGGCCCCCGCCCCGCCCCGGCCUGGCUCGGCUCGGCCCGGCCCGGCCCGGCCGGCACUCGGCGCCCGCCAUGGCGGGGCUGUGGCAGGGCGAUGUAGAGAAGCCGCCGCUGCUGGUGAAAAUCGUGAUGGCCGGGGAGUCCUGCGUGGGGAAGACUUCCAUCGUGCGGAGGUACACGGAGCCCGGCUCGCCGCCCGCCGGGGCUCCCACCUCCUACCUGGCCACGAUCGGCAUUGAUUUUAAAGUAAAGCCAGUAACGUUUAAUGGUACAAGAGUGAAACUUCAAAUAUGGGAUACUGCUGGCCAGGAACGAUUCCAUACACUCAGUACUAGCUAUUUUCGUGGCGCACAAGGCUUUGUUCUUGUAUAUGACAUCACAAAUCUGGACAGUUUUCAAAGUAUAACAAGCUGGAUGAGAGACAUACAUGAGAAAGCAGGUGAUGAAGUGGACGUUAUACUGCUGGGCAACAAGUGUGAUAAGGAGUCAGAACGUGUAGUUCCAAAACAGAAAGGAGAAAAGCUUGCUUGGGAACAUGGAAUACCCUUUUUUGAAACCAGUGCUAGAGAUAAUGUGAACAUUGAGGAUGCAUUCACAAUCUUGACUAAGGAAAUACUGGAAAAGAAAACCUGUGUAUUAUAUGACUUAGAUGUUGUGACUCUCCGUGAAAGUAAGAAGAGAACCUGCUGUGCAUUUUGAAAUACUGUUUCUUAUUCAAUUUUCUCUUCAGAAAAUAUUAACUAUUGCAAAGGAACAUACAAGAUUUUAAAAGUGAGCCUGUAAUUCUAAAACACAGUAUUUACGCAUCCUUUGUAUUACACAAACUUUGUUGCCAAAUGUUUUGAUAUGUUUAUAUUAUAUAUUUUCAUAUUGUUAAUGUGAAGUUAAUUAUCUGACUUUGGAAUUAUUGGAUGCAUCACAGGAUGAAUGCAUUUGCAUACAAAUGUUUGCAGAAAUGAAAUCUAAGUGUACUAAUUUUCUCUUAUUAAAAAAGAUUACCUCGA